GUUGAGUAACGGCUUGAAUUUGAAAAGGUUUAGCAUUUUGGAGCGGCCGAAAACAUUCGAGUUUUGAAUGUUUUGUUGUUUGUUACACUUCCUCUUAUAUUGUAAUAAAAGUAGAAUCUCUUUAUAAUUCCUUGGCUGAAAGUGUACAGUUGAAACGUGCCACGAAACCCGAAAUGCCUAGCGAAAUUAUCACUUUACAAUUGGGCCAAUGCGGCAAUCAGAUUGGCUUUGAGUUCUGGAAACGCCUUUGUUUGGAACAUGGCAUUUCACCUUCUGGAGUCUUGCAAGAUUUUGCCACAGAUGGCAUCGAUCGAAAGGAUGUUUUCUUUUACCAGGCCGAUGAUGAUCAUUAUAUUCCUCGCGCGGUUUUGUUGGAUUUGGAACCACGGGUCAUCCACACCAUCAUGACAUCUCCGUAUGCUAAGCUCUACAACCCAGAGAAUGUAUAUCUCUCGAAAGACGGUGGAGGUGCCGGAAAUAAUUGGGCGUCUGGUUUUAGUCAAGGAGAGAAACUGCACGAGGAAGUGUUUGAUAUAAUAGAUCGAGAAGCAGAUGGCAGUGACAGUUUAGAAGGGUUUGUUUUAUGUCAUUCGAUUGCUGGAGGUACCGGAUCUGGAAUGGGAUCUUACAUUAUGGAACGGCUCUCCGAUCAUUUUCCGAAGAAGCUGGUACAGACAUACAGUGUGUUCCCGAAUCAAGACGAGAUUAGUGACGUUGUAGUCCAACCAUACAACAGCCUGUUAACACUGAAACGUCUGACAAGCUGCGCAGAUUGCGUGGUAGUUUUAGAUAAUACUGCACUGAACAGGAUUGCGGCGGAUAGGUUGCACCUGGAAAACCCAAGUUUUACUCAGAUCAAUACACUAGUUUCGACGAUCAUGUCAGUUAGCACCACCACGCUUCGAUAUCCUUCGUACAUGAACAACAAUCUCAUCGAACUGAUAGCUCCUCUGAUUCCUACAUCACAGCUGCAUUUUCUUAUGACAGGAUAUACUCCGCUUACCACCGACACGGACACGGUUAGCGUGCAAAAAACCACCGUUCUAGAUGUUAUGCGUCGUUUGCUGCAGCCAAAGAACAUGAUGGUGUCCACCGGACCGGACAAAACAAAUCAUCACCGUUACAUUUCCAUUCUGAACAUAAUUCAGGGGGAAGUAAAUCCCACCCAGGUCCACAAAUCGAUCCAGCGAAUUCGUGAACGCAAACUGGCUCAGUUCAUCAAUUGGGGUCCGGCAAGUAUUCAGGUUGCUCUUUCUCGCAGCAGUCCUUAUGUGCAGAGCACCCAUCGGGUAUCCGGUCUAAUGCUGGCCAAUCACACCAGCAUUUGUUCGCUGUUUGAGCGGGCUUUGAGUCAGUACGACAAACUUUGCAAACGCGGUGCUUUUUUGGAUCAGUUUAAACGCGAGGAUAAAUUCAAAGAUGAUCUGAGCGAAUUUGAUGAUAGCCGUGACGUAGUCGACGCGCUGGUACAGGAGUAUGAGGCGGCUACACAGGCCAACUAUCUAAACUGGCACGCGAAAAAAGAAAAUGAAACUGGCAAGCAGCCAAUUGAGCGAAAUUGAGAACAAUGUUUCUUCCAAAUUCAUUAAUGUUGCUUCCUUUGGUAGAAGGCAAUCCGUUUGCCUUGAUGAAUUUGUUAUGAACAGAGGAAUGUUUUCUGAAUGAAUGCACUCUUUCCUUUACGCUUAUGUAUAUAAGGGACCUGUUGAAUACCCGAAUCCAUAAUUCUAAUAAAUUGCGCAAAUAAGAAUAGCAUUGUA